AUGGCAAGCUCUUCAUCUUCUUCUGCUGCUGCACACCCAAAGAUACUUGAGGAGAUAGUUGAAGCCGUCUGGAAACUCUUGCCUGCUCUAAACACACUCAUUAAGCCAUCAGUUCUCCCACAAUGGCUGAGAGAUCCUCUGGUCCAGACGCUCACUCUCCUCCCUUUACGCCCAACUGGCGUCCGUGGGACCAUGGAAUUUGUCUUCUCAGUACACCCUAGUAAUGUUGGUAGAACCCAAGACGCAAAAGCUGGACCACAAAAGCAAGGAGCUAGCAUAACGCAUGAAGGUGUCGCCGUUGCAACGAAACUCCUCUCCUCAGUUCCGACCAGUAUGACAGCGGAAACGUGGUUCCAGGGCAUCUCAGGGCAGCUAUUUGAGCUCAUCGAUGGGACUGCUGGUCCUGAACUCGUAAAGACCGCUUCUCAAAUCGUGGGUUAUGGUGUAUUGGGGAAUAAACAAUAUGGUGCACCAGGAUCUCCCGGUUGGAAUGCAUUUGUUCAGCCUCUAGUCCAGGAUAUAAACCCAACGUUACGAUCGAUGGGCAACCCUGAUUUUACUGCCAUCAAGCAAGAAAACGACGAAAUUGUCGAUCUCAGCCGUGAUCGUGUUCUCGUCACCUCCCAAUCUCUCAAAACCUCGCUACAACGCCUUAUGACCCUGGUGAUGUCCAACUCUUCACCCGGGCUAUGCCGACGUCUUCUCAGGCUUGUAUUAGUACAGAUAUGGGUUCUCGCCUCGUGGCAAAACCCGCCACCUAGUACCGAAGAGAACUUUAUCAAGCCUGCUAGGGCAUUGUUACACGCCUAUCUGAGGAUAUUCGGCAAUUCCGAAAGUGUUAGACCAUUCAUUCGAAACCUCCUCUGCAGAGGCGCCACAGAAGGAAGUAAAAAGCCUUGGGAGUAUCGACUCAAAGGUAAAGGAGACAUUGAGAUCACAGAACCCCGUGGACUUGAUUCAACCUCAGGCUUUGAGCUGAACUGGAACGAGCUCGAAGGCAAAGCAGCUAAACUGGUUGAGUUCAUAACCACAUCAUGCUCCUUUACAGAGGUGUCAUCCAUCUUCUUGAGCCUCCUAAAGCGCUGGAUGGAAACAGCAGACAAACCGAAUGACGGGAUCAAAAUUGAUCUGCGUUCUGAGGAUGAAAAGACAGAUUCACUUCUACAAAAUCUUUUUGAGGUCACUAUUCUACAGAAGUUGAUGGACAAAGCUCCAGAAAAGCUCGUGAGCCAGUUUGAUCAGCUACUAGAGUUGGUAUGCGAAGUUCUUACUGCAGAUACUCAGUCGAGGCUAGCAGAUGACCUACUCGUUGUGGUACUAAGCUUACUGAAUCUGGUCAUCACUGCACCGACAUUCCAGAAAUCCCACAUUAAACCAGAAGAGCUCAAUAUUGUAGAGAAUUCCCUGCAACGAUUGAGCAAUGAAGAUAGGCCACAGUUGUCAGCUACAGCAAGGAACCUAGCGCUGCUUCUUAAGUAUCGAGACGAAAUGGAGCAGGAUGAAGUCUCUGCUUCGGCGCUCAGCACCCGGCAGAUCGAAGAUCAGAGGACGUAUAAAUUGGCCAUGGAAUAUGUCACUGGGGGCGAUGACAAUCCAGCACCCAUCGUUUCUGAAGGCUUGAACUUGCUUUCUGGUCUGAUUCUUAAAGACAGCCCAAUACUCGACAUCCCUGCAAUUGCCGUGCUUUUAUCGACCCUACUGGAGAACAACGACGACUACAUAAACCUUCGAGUCAUCAAAGUUUAUACUCAGCUGGCCAACAAACAUCCUAAGUCGGCAGUUCAAGAGCUUCUAGACCACUACUUAGACCCACAGGAAAAGUCUACGACGGACGUUCGGCUGCGGUUUGGAGAAGCUUUAUUGCAAGUGAUCCAGCGACUAGGGGAAACCUUUACCAGUGAUGUUGCACGUCAAGUUAGCGAGACCUUGCUGUCUAUCGCUGGACGUCGUGGAUAUCGAGCCAAAACCAUGGCUAAACAAGCUCGUGAUGAGAAGCUCAGAAAGCUGAAGAAGAGAAAGGACGAUGAGGACGAUGACAUGGACUUGGAUGAAGAAGAAGUGACGGAAGAAGAGAGGGCUAGGAACGACAUUCUGGCUCAAAUCCUUCAAGGAUGGGAAAGUAAGAGAGGCGCAGAAGACGUUCGAAUACGAACUUCUGCCUUGUCAAUCUUUGGCGCUGCCAUUGAAACGAACAUAGGAGGCAUUGGGCCAACGCUCGUAUCUGGUAGCGUUGACCUUUGCAUUAAUAUCCUGGCAAUGGAACGAGAGAUGGAGACGGCAAUUCUACGAAGAGCUGCCAUCCUGAACGUGUUAAGUUUUGUUAGGGCUCUCGACGCUGCCAAGGAAUCUGGCAGGAAACUUGGCUUUGGUCUGACUGACGAGAGCCGAGAAGAUAUUGUGAGGACACUGCAAUAUGUGGCUCAGACGGACAACGAUGGACUGGUUCAACAACAUGCAAAGGACGUGGUUGAAAGCCUUGAAAACUGGCAAAUGGCAAGCAUCCUCCCGCCACAAGAGCCAACAAGCAGUCCAGGAUUCACUCAGCUGGCGGGCCUCCAUGUCAACCCCAGCGGAACUUUGGUGGACGCAGCUGGGAAGCCUCGGCCACGAAUUGAGGAGGUUGAAUGA